GGCUCCGCACUCGCACUAGCCGGCAGCGCAAACAGCCGGUCCGGCACUUCGGAAGCCCAACUUGCUCAACGCACACUCCGGCAGUCUGUGUCUGCUCUUGCUCGGCUCGACGGAGACAUGGCUGUCCCCAGGGCCCCAGAGGUCAGCGGCCUGUGCUGGGGAACCCUUCUCCUUUUUCUGGCUGCAUCCAGAGGUCUGGCAACAGCCUUCAAGAUCGCCACACCGUAUUCUCUGUAUGUGUGUCCUGAGGGCCAGAAUGUCACCCUCACCUGCAGGAUUCUGGGCCCUGUGUCCAAAGGGCAUGAUGUGACCUUCUACAAGACAUGGUACCUCAGCUCACGAGGAGAAGUUCAAAUGUGCAAAGAACACCAGCCCAUACGCAACUUCACGUUCCAGCACCUUCAUCCGCACCAUGGAAGCCAUCAGACAGACAAUACCAGCCAUGACCAGGCCCAGACACAUGGGCUAGAGCUAGCUUCCGACCACCAUGGUAACUUCUCCAUCACCAUUCGCAAUGUGACCCUGAGGGACAGUGGCCUCUACUGUUGUCUGGUGGUAGAAAUGAAACACCACCACCCAGAACAACGGCAUAGUGGGUACAUGGAGCUUCAGGUACAGACAGGCCAAGACUCGUCAUCUGCAUGUACUGCGUACCAAUCUAAUGGGCAGGACAGUGACAGCAUCACAGCUGCAGCCCUGGCCACGGGUGCCUGCAUUGUGGGAAUCCUCUGCCUCCCGCUUAUCCUGCUGCUGGUCUAUAAGCAGAGGCAGGUGGCCUCUCAGCACCGUGCCCAGGAGUUGGUAAGGAUGGACAGCAGCAACAUCCAAGGAAUUGAAAACCCAGGCUUUGAGACCAUUCCACCCUUCCAGGGGAUGCCUGAGGCCAAGACUAGGCCCCCACUGACCUAUGUGGCCCAGCGGCAACCUUCGGAGUCAGGGCGGCACCUGCUCUCUGAACCCAGCACACCUCUGUCUCCUCCAGGCCCUGGGGAUGUCUUUUUCCCAUCCCUGGAUCCAGUCCCAGACUCCCCUAACUCUGAAGCCAUCUAAAAACCAGCUGGGGGACCAUGAACAAUGGUAGCUGGGUCAGGGACAGGUGCUCUUGAUCUGUGGCUGGGCCCUUUGACAGACCUUUAGGCAUUGACCUCAGCCUCCUUGCUCCUGCUCUGAGCCUAGACUCUGCUUUACAAGAUGCACAGACCCUCCCAUUAUCAUUUUUGGAUGCUACAUGGAAGGCAGGGAGAAGAUGCCCGAUUGCUCAUUGCUGUUCUCAAGAUCCUGGGAUGCUGAGUUCUCCCUUAGAGACUGGACUUCACCAGCCACAGAUGCCAAAUGACCUACACCCUAUGAAUGUCUAGCACGGCAGCAGCCUUUCUUCAUAUGAGCCAGCAUUCCAGAGGUGAUGAGGUGGGCGCCUUGCCACCCUCCCAGACCAGAGACACAAGAUGUGAGAGACUCCUGCCCACUGUGGGUGUGUGGCUGGCCUGCUGUUUUGCCUGCUGUUGGCCCCGACUAUCCCCUGGAUGCUGGAGCUUGGCCUGCUUGCACCGCACUAAGGGGGAUUUCCCGGCAGCCUUCCACCAACUAUCUGAGAGUCUGUCAACAAUUUGACUCUGGGCUCUCACGCCUGUAUGGCUGUCCACAGAGUUCAGUGACCAAGAGACUCUGAAAUAGGACAUCCAUGCUUCUGUGAUCUCAUUAGUGUCUUAAGCAAUGUGAGGCCAGAGCGUUGUACAUGGAGAAUAGUGAGGGCAUGAUGGGAAAGCUGAAUGGAGACUGGCCUCCUUCGUGUCCUCAUCUCAACUGCUCCCACUGUUCAGUGUGGAAUGAUGACAAAGGUGACCUCCACAAUAUCAGGCCACUUCUAAGUGUUAAAGGGAUGCUAUUAAAAACAGAACAUGGCAACAGCCAUAAACAGCUAUGAGUUGAUUAGAGGCACUAGCUGUAAGGCACUGGGGGUCAGGGCCUGGUGUGGGGCUGGGGUGGGGGCUAGAGCCUGGACUCCUUCCAAUCCUGACCACACUGUUCUUCAGGCUCAUAGAAGAACCUGUCUCUGGUCUGGUGCUACUCUUGGCUCCCAUUUCCAGGGUCUGGCAUAACCUGUGCUUCAUAAAGGAUUUUAAAGCAUGAAGAGAAAGGAAUAGUCCCUUUGAGGCAGAAAUGGGGUAGCUGAUGUCUGAGAGUGAGGAGAGCUGAGACUGGACAAAUCAUCCUCCACCUUGCAGGGGACAGUAGCUCCAACACUGAGAGAAGAUCAGCCCAAUGCCAACAUUUGUCUUCCUGCAGCUUCCAAUGGGCCUGGGUAGGAAAGCUCAUACUAGGCCCUGCAGGCCGGGAGAAAGCCACUCGUUCCCUGAAGACAGAGGGGUAGGGAGAAAAGAACAAUUCAAGGCUGGAGCACAGCAAUAAGCUACCUUCUGGGACCCCAGACAAGUUGUCUGGUAAGGUCUAGGGGCAUAGACCCCUGUGGGAUGUCAGCUACACCUGGGGCUUGUGGGGUUCCUUAGAAGCUUUGUAUCAUCACAAGAGUGUUGGGGUGGCCAAGACACCAAAACCAUGACCCCUAUUUUGUCCCCAGGGUCCCCUUUUCUACUCUAUGCAGUUACCAUAGACAGAGUGUGUUGUUCUUUUGGCUUUGGGGGUACCCGGCUGGAGUGGGGGAAGUGUCAGCUGUUUUGUGGCAGGACUGUGGGGCCCCUGUCAAAGGAUGAAACCCACAGGCCAGCUGUAGGAUGAGUAUAGUCUGUCCCCUGGGGGGGGGGGGGCUGGCUCAUCUCCAGCCCAGAUGACUUCUAAGAAUUUGACUAUUGGACCCCCUGCCAGGCUGGUGCUCUGUGGAAAGGGGAGGAGGCCCCCAGCCGAACAAGCCACUCACUUCCUGCGCAGCUUCCUCCCGUAGGGCUCUAGUCUCUUCGUUUCUGGACCCUGCAAACAGGCAUGUCAGCUUGGUGGUUUCCUGUUUUGGGUGCAGUUUUUGUGUGGUCCAGGCUCUGUCUACAUCCAUGAACUUGGGCCCUACCACCUUGCUGCUGCUAUGGAGGGGGAGAGUUUUGGGGGUGGAGAAUGGAGGUAUCCUGAAGUGCUAGCCCUUGGGACAAAAGGUGGUAUGGUGGUGAUGAGACUCAGUGGGGAACUGAGUUUCCAAGAGGAGGGAGGAGCCCUGUAGCUUCCUGUAGCAGAAGCCUAGAGAGGGAAGUCUGUAUUUUGAAGAGCUAAUUCAUCCUUAGGAAAUGCAUCAGAAACUGGAGGUCAUGGUGAAGCUUUCCCUGGGACUGGGAUGGGGAGAACCAGGAGGAAAGGUUUCUGAUACAGCAGGGGCUUUUUGACAAGCCAAAGGGCUAGUGGCAGCUGUUGUGGGCCAAGCUGACCCUGCUGGAGGACUAUACUGUGUCUUGGAACAACCUCUCAAAAAAGCAGGCCUGGACUACCUAAGUUCUGCUGGGCCCGUGUUUCUCCUGCAUGAAGCAUCCAAGAGCCUGGGCAGAUGCUGGCUCCUUCUUCAGGAACUGCUCCUUGGAGGAAGCAGCUAGGCUGAGGGCUACAGAGGGUCUAUCGUCUCUCCUAACCUGGGCACUAGCAGGAUGCUACCUCCUGGAAAAGGCUUUCCUAGGUGUGAGCCGGAGUAGCACCCCAGGGCUGACCCGGCUAUGGUGGGAUCUGAACUGAGAUUUUCUCAGGGAACUAAAAUAAGCAAAAGAGGAACUGGGAAUGCCAAGCAGGAUAGGGGCGGGGAGUGUCAAAAAAUACAGCCCAGUGCCUGUCCAGACCACAGAGAACACGAACUGUCUGGCCCAUGCCCUGCAUGCCCUCUGUUUUGCCCUGGCACUUUCCUUCCCCAUAGUGAAUGGGAGUCCUGGGAGGCUGAGGAAUAAUAUCAGUCGGGGGCUGCCUGGGGAGCUGAUACAGAGUCCUUGGGUAACGGGGCUGAACCAGGACCCCAGUAGUCUACUCUGGGGACCUAGCUUUGUGUGGGCCUGCUACGAUCCCCAUCAUGAUAUUAUUGCUUUGAGCUCAUGGUACCAAGGGAUACAUAUUUCACUGGGUUUCAGUGGUUCUGAUCUGUUAGGUGUGGCUUUGUGGAAGAUAUGAGAGGAAUUCUGAUGUAAUAAUACAGCUGAUAAGAAAGUGCUGAGAUAGAUUAGUAAUGCCUACCUUGGACACAGAAAAAGGAAGUGCCAGAUGCCAAAUCUUAAUUUUUGUUGUUGUUGCUAAAAUAUGCUUCCCAAAAUACUUUCAUGUGUGUUUUUGUUUGACAUCCCUUUCUAUGUCAAUCCUGAAAGUCUUUCUGUGUGUAUAUGUAUGAAGUAUGCAUGUUUUAUGUUUUUGUGUGUGCACAUGGAAGCCAGAAAUUACUAGUAGGUGUCUUUCAUCCAUUCCUAUGCAAUAUAUAUUUUUUGCCUUUUUUGAGACAGGGUUUCUUUGUGUAGCCUUAGCUGUCCUGGACUUGCUUUGUAGACCAGGCUAGACUUGAACUCACAGAGAUCCACCUGCCUCUGGGAUUACAGGCAUGUGCCACUGUGCUGGCUUGUAAUGUAUGUUUUUCAAAAAAAAAUUUUAUUUACUUUAUGAAUAUUUUAGCUGAAUGGAUGCAUUGGCAUCAUGUAAAUGCCAGUUGGAUCCCUCGGAACUGGAGUUAUGGAUGGUUCUGAGCUACCAUAUGACUCACGUCCUUUGCAAAAGCAACAAAUUAACAGAUAGCUCUUAAUUACUGAGCUAUGUUUCCAGCCCCACUAUUGUAAGUUUUUAGCACAUAUUUAAACAUUUUAUGUGCAUGUUUUUUUCCCUGCAUGAAUGUAUGAAUACCACAUGUAUGCCUGGCACCUGUGGAGGUCAGGGGAGCACUGGAUCACUUGGAAAUGGAGUUUUAGAUAGUUAUAGUGAGCUACCACGAGGGUGGUAUCAACCUGGGUCCUCUGGAAAUAGAACAAGUGCUUUUAACUGUUGAGCCACCUCUCUCGUGCCUCCAUUUUGUUUUUGACAGACUUCAGUGAAUCUGGAGCUCACCAAUAGUCUGGGCUGACUGAGCAGUAAGCUGCGUGGCUCUGCCCAUCUCUGCCCACCCCAAACCUAACUGCUGGGGUUAUAGACUGCAUGCAGUUGCCUGGAUUUUUCUUGUGGCUGCUGGGGAUCUUAACUCAGGUCUUUAUGCUCGUGUGGCAAGCGCCACAUCUACUGAGUCACCUCCAGCUGCAGCCAAGAGUCUUUACCAUCCCCAUUUAAUGCAAAAGUAAAUGGUGGCUCUCAAGGGCUCUUGUUUUGUGGCUGGGGAUUAGUGUUGGCCAUCUGGCCUCUCAGGCCUAUUCCCUUUCCUUUCAUUGAACCAAACAGUCUUCUGGUCCAGGACCUGCUAUGGCACUCACCAUGUAUAUGCUGGGUCCCCCGAGAGAGGAACUUGAGCCUACAAGUUCACUCCAUACCAGGAAUAUAUUCUUAUUUAUACUCUAUCUUCUCUUUUCUUCUCAUGGCCCAGAAAACCUGUGCUAAUGUGUAGGCUCCUUCUAUACCACUUCUUGUCACCCCUUUCCUGCCUGGUAACCACAAGGACAAAUGACUUCUGGUAGACACAGUGGUCCGUGAACUCUACCUGUUUGCAUCAGGGGAGAAAGGGAAGGGAACAGAGAUCGUCAUCUGAGUCCCAGGACCUCAGCCAGCUGUGUGUCCAGCAUCUGGGGAGUUUCUCAGCAAGCAGGGAGUUGCAGGUGGUGCUUUAAUGGCUGCCCACCCUGUUUCUCUCUUGCAGCACAUUGAUUAAAAAAAUCAGUGUGAAAGGCCAGGGACUGGGUUACUCCUGCUGGCCCCGGGGCAGCUCUGCCUGCCUGAUGUGAACACAGGAAAAUGGCCAGGCUGGGGGCCAGGGCCAGAGCUGGGGAAGCCAGGGUCCUGGCAGCAGAGCUUUGCUUUAAAGAAUGUGAUGAACUGCUAGGGCAGUGUUCCCAGUCACAGCCCACCUUGGAGCCACCGCCAGGGUCUGUGGACAGAGUAGGUACAGAUUUUCUCUCCAGUAACCUGAGAAGUCAGGGUUAUCUGGGACUGUAUUUCCUGCUUCUGGCUGUCAUUCAAAUGUCAAAGAGGCCACCGUCUCUCCUAAAUCUCCUGCCAAGGUCCCUCAGGGCCAGGGCUCAGCCUCUGACCUCCUUAUUGCCUUCCGUCCUUCCUCCCUGGACCCAGCCCUUCCUCCUGCGGGGGCCCCUUGAUGGCCACUUGGGCCUUGCCAUGGUCCUUCCUGUCUGUGGUUUGGAGCUAACAGAGGUCCCAAGCAAUACAAUGAUUUCCUCUGGCCAGGUGGCAGGCCAUUGUGUGGCAGGCCUGAGGCUGGCCCGGAUGGCUCUUGCAGCCCAGCUGUCCCUGGCCUGGAUGACCCAGGCUAAUAGCUGUGGAUAGGAAUGUCCGGCUUUGGGAGGCAAGGGGGUGUUACCCGGAGAAGAAAGAAGGGGAGGGGUGUGGACACAGGGGUUCCUCUGGGAUACCGGGAACUUUCUUGAAGCUGAUUCCUAAGCCCUAUGCACAAAUAACACCUGGGGGCUGGCAGCAUGACUUAGUGGAUAAAGACACUUGUAGACAAACCUGAUGAUCUGAGUUCAAACCCCAGAACCUACACGGUGGAAGGAGAGAAGCGAUUUUGGUAAACUGUGCUGUGAUUUUCACAAGAACGCUGUGGCAGCUGUGCAUGUGUGCGCAUACUCACUCCCCAUCUCCCCACAGAAUAAAUAAUAAAUAAUGUU